UUUAUACACAUCUCUCUGUCUCUGCGUCUUCUUUGGUCAAAUGAUACCAAUCUCAAAAAAAAAAGAAGAAAAAUAAAAAUCCAAAUCUUGCGUACACAUCUCCUCCUACUCUCUCCCUCUUUCACAUAGUUUCAUCUUCACUUUAGCCUGAAUUCAAAUUGGGGUUCCUGGGUUUUGAUUUUUCCACUCAAGUUCGUUUUUUUUUUUGGUCCCUUUGGAUUGAGUUAAACAUCAGGUUCUUGGUUUCGAUUCGAUGGUGCCGGGAAAAUGAAGUUGAGUUUGGUAAGGAUGAAUUAGGGUAUCUACAGUAAGUAAUAAAGAGUUGAAUCGGGGCUCAUCUCAUGGGUUGCAUAAUCUCAAAGAAGAAGUCUCCAAAGAGAAACCAUCAUCAUCAAAGGAAAGAAUCAUCGGAGAAGCGUUCUUCUUCGAGGAUUGAUGAUUCGAGCCAGAGUAAAGAAGAGCAACAAGACAGAUCCAAGUUCAGUUCAACUAGGUUGUCUCCGGAGAUUGCAGAGAUUGGUGACACGGAUGAAGAUGAAGACGAAGACAAGGAUAAGGAACUAAAGAGAAAGCCUAGUACUGUUGUUGCUAAAGAAGAACCAGAGGUGGCUGCAGGAUGGCCUGCUUGGCUAGUCUCGGUGGCUGGUGAAGCACUUGUGGGUUGGACUCCACGUCGUGCUAGCACCUUUGAGAAACUGGAGAAAAUUGGACAAGGUACGUACAGCAGUGUCUACAAGGCUCGUGAUCUCUUGGAUAACAAGAUUGUUGCGCUUAAAAGAGUCCGGUUUGAUCUCAGCGAUUUAGAGAGUGUUAAGUUUAUGGCUAGAGAGAUCAUUGUAAUGAGGAGGCUUGAUCAUCCUAAUGUACUCAAGUUACAAGGCUUGAUCACUGCCUCUGCUUCAUCUUCUCUUUACUUGGUUUUCGAGUAUAUGGACCAUGAUCUCGUUGGACUUGCUUCCAUUCCCGGUAUCAACUUCUCUCAGCCUCAGGUUAAAUGUUACAUGAAACAACUUCUAAGCGGGCUUCAUCAUUGUCACAGUCGCGGUGUUCUGCACCGCGAUAUAAAGGGAUCAAACCUACUUAUCGACAGUAAUGGGAUCUUGAAGAUAGCAGACUUCGGGUUAGCAACGUUUUUCGACCCGCAGAACACUGUUCCCUUGACUAGCCGUGUUGUGACUCUAUGGUAUCGACCACCAGAGCUUCUUCUUGGAGCUUGUCAUUAUGGUGUUGGUGUUGAUUUGUGGAGCGCUGGCUGUAUCUUAGGCGAGCUAUAUUCUGGGAAACCCAUCUUGCCUGGCAAAACCGAGGUGGAGCAACUGCAUAAAAUAUUCAAGCUGUGUGGUUCACCAACAGAAGAUUACUGGAGGAAACUGAAGCUACCACCUUCAGCUGCGUUUAGACCCGCGCUUCCUUACGGACGACGUGUAGCUGAGAUGUUUAAGGACUUGCCUACUAAUGUACUCUCGCUUCUGGAGGCUUUACUCUCUAUAGAUCCUGACCGGAGAGGCUCUGCAGCUAAAGCUCUUGAGAGCGAGUACUUUAACACAGAGCCGUUUGCUUGUGAUCCAUCCUCUCUACCGAAAUAUCCUCCAAGCAAAGAGAUCGAUGCUAAACUCCGCGACGAUGCUAAGAGGCAAGAGAAGAACGAAAGACAAGACUCUCAGACGAGACAAUCACAUGAAAGAAAACUUAUCCCGCCGCUAAGAGCUAAUCCAUCACUCACAGCGGCUAUGGAGAACCCUUAUCUAAGAAAAUGUGUUCCUGGUCAUUCGGCGAGGCAAAUGCAGAUUACAAAGGACAUGACCAGCAACAAUCCAACGAGUGGGAGAGUCUCUCACUCGGGUCCCAUGAUGAAGAACCGGAAUCACAGCCGGUUUACUUACAUGAAGGACAAUGCAGCAGCACCUUCAAGCAGGGCUAACUUAGCAGGACAAAGCGGUUCGCGUGUAGACACAACUGGCUCCUCAGAUCAAACAAUCAUGGAUCAGCAAAGGAGGAAUUUGAGAGCAUUCAACAGAGCUGACACUAUGGAUAAUAGUAAGAGGCAAAUCAAAAUCCCAAAUGACCCGUCUUGGUAUGAUGCUGGGGAUAACAAAAUGUACAUGUCGGGUCCAUUGCUGGCUCAGCCAAGAAAAGUGGAUCAGAUGCUGGAAGAACACGACCGGCAGCUCCAGGAAUUCACCAGACAGAAAGCAAAACAUUCCAGAAGCUGAUAGCAUAAUGUGUCUGAAUGAUUUUUGCUUAUUUUGCCCGGAAUGGACAAAAACAGAGAACCAGUUCGAGUCUUGUUGUAUCAAAGAAGAGUCUGAUGAGUUUUCUUGAAAAAAAAAAUUGUAAUAGAGAUUUAAAGUCGCUGUCUUUAUAAAAAGGCGCAGCUCUGUGAUUAUAUAGAACAUGUAUACAGACUCAUGAUAGAGUUUGAUCUUUGUGUAGUACAUACAUGUAUGUACAUUUCUUCAUAUAUUAUAGAUGUGUACAUACAUACAUGUUAUACA